AUGGCAAUGCUUGCAAAGCGACGUCGUCUGAUUCUCCCACUCAGCGUGGGCGGAGUUUUCCCAUUCCCAAGUUUGCUAGAAGAGGACAACCGAAAUAGUCGUUUCUGGAUCAAAAAUCUAUACUUCUUGUAUUCUUCAAUGGUUCAGACUAUAUCUUGUACCAUCGAAGUCUCCCAGUUUUUUGUGCUCCCUGAUGAAACCCAAAAAGACUAUCAAACCUCAAAGUUCGUAAUGGUUACCGGAUGUUGCCAUCUGCAGAUUAUUCUACUUUUCAUGGCCAUCCACAGUGCGUUUAACAUCCGCCGGCUUGCUCUGCUUUCAACAACCAACGACAAGAUCCAUCAACAGAUCCCACUCCACUCAGAUCAACUGUCACGUUACGUCACUUUGGUAACAGUCACUUGCGUAGCCGUGAGAUGCUGUGAACUGUUCUUACAAUCGAACCACGGAAUACUGCAAACCUUCGUCCACCUUAACAACCUCUUCAAGGACUCCCUGUUCGAUUUGUACAACGUGCACGUUUUCGUACAGGUCUGGCAGCUGCGAGGAUACUUUCGGCUGCUCAAUCAAAAGUUUCGAGUGGCUCUGAGCGCCAGGAAGCACCUCGAAAUCGUGCAAACCUUACAGCUCAGUGAACUCCUGCACGCGGCGGUACGUGCCUUCAACCGGUAUUACGGACUGUACAUGCUGGAGGUGACCGUCGUGGCGUUUCUUCGCUGUAGCCUGUCGGCGUACUUCAUCACGGUGAAGUACCGCGAGGGUUGGUUCGAGCUUCAAUUGGUGUGCCAGCUGGGACUGUUUGCGGUGUGGAACAGUGGAAUGAUCUAUCUGAUUUUUGCCAUUUGCCAUGACACCGUUCGGGAGGCUAAUGAAACGGUGCUGUGCACCAGAAACUACCACGACUAUAACGUGGCCGAUAACAGGACGACCAGACAAAUCAACAAGUUUUUGCUGAAAAAUUUGCACCAGAAGAAAAAGUUUUCCGCGUACGGAUUUUUCGAUAUUGACAACAGUGUUAUUUAUAUGAUUUUCAGCUCAAUAGUGACAUAUUUGGUAAUUUUGGUGCAGUUUAAACAGCUGGAGACUGAGCUUGAUGGAACAUAG